GCUUUUACCCAGAGCUCUUCAGCCGCAGAAGCAAGGACGCAACAGCGGACAUGCCACAGCGCCCGAGGAGGCGUGGCUUUGGGACCGGAAGAAGCUCCCGUUGCCAAGGCAACGGCGCGCGCCUUGGCUCCUGCCCAGCCACUGAUGCUCCCACUGGAGCCUAAGCCGCCGGUUCCCCCAGCUUGUAGGAGAGGCUCUGCCCAGGACAAGGGUAGGAAGGCAUAGGGAGGAGGGCUGCGGCUCCCGGGGAAGAUCCCACGGCGGAAACGGGGAGAAGAAGGCGUCCAUUCCCGUCCCUGUCAGCCGCUCGGCCUUUGGAUUGGCUUCGAAGAUCAGUUGCUUUGUAAAUAUUGAAAUCACAUUAUGGGAUUGCUGGACAGACUUUCAGGUUUACUAGGCCUGAAGAAGAAGGAGGUUCAUGUGUUAUGCCUUGGACUGGAUAAUAGUGGCAAAACGACGAUCAUUAACAAACUUAAACCUUCAAAUGCUCAGUGUCAGGAUAUAGUUCCAACCAUAGGAUUCAGCAUAGAGAAAUUCAAGUCCUCCAGUUUGUCUUUUACAGUGUUUGACAUGUCAGGGCAAGGAAGAUACAGGAAUCUCUGGGAACACUAUUAUAAAGAUGGACAAGCCAUUAUUUUUGUCAUUGAUAGUAGUGAUAAACUAAGAAUGGUUGUGGCCAAAGAAGAACUUGAUACCCUUCUAAAUCACCCAGAUAUUAAGCACCGCCGGAUUCCAAUCUUGUUCUUUGCAAACAAAAUGGAUCUUAGAGAUGCAGUGACAUCUGUGAAAGUAUCUCAGUUGCUGUGCUUGGAGAACAUCAAAGACAAGCCGUGGCAUAUUUGUGCUAGUGAUGCCAUCAAAGGAGAAGGGCUACAGGAAGGCGUGGACUGGCUUCAAGAUCAGAUCCAAGCUGUGAAGACAUGAAAAGAUAGUCCCUGGAAACCUCAGCAAUUUUCAAUUAAAGGAGUCUGUGUAACGCAUACUGAAUAAUUUCAAAUUUAUUUUAAAAGAUUUAUGCGACCAAGAAUAUUUUACAAUGUUCUUCUUGCUUUUGUGGACUCUGGAAGAAGUUUUUAAGAAGUUAGAACCUGAGACAUUGUUAAUCUGACCAUUAACAAUAUGAAAACUAACAUUACCUCGGAACGCCUUAGUUACCAGCUUCUUGUAAAGGUCUACAUGUUGCUGUAAUUAGAAUGUGUAAAUAAGUUGUAAGCCAUCCCAACAUCCUAUCAUGAUUUAUGGUAUCUUUAAUGUAUUUUUAAUUGUAUUCUAAAGUUUAGUUUAUGGUAUGACUUUGGAGCUGGAAUUGUGUUAGGGAGACAGCUUUCAAGCAUUAUAAGGGAUCACAGAUAAUUGGUAUAUGUAAUCUUUUUGUGUCACUAUCAAUAAAAAAUGAAAUAUACCAAC